UUGGUUCUUUUAGUUAUUUUGUUCAAUCCUUUUGUAUGGCUAGGUCAUCCAAGUUGACCUCCUAGAUUAAGUAAUUAUUGUAGAUCCCUUCUUAUACCUAAAUUUGACCUAGAUCACUAGCAGAGUUCCCUACAAUCAUUAUCAAUCUAUAUUGGGAUCAGAAAUGUAAUGCUGAUUCAAGCACUAAGAUAUCAUAAUUUAAUAUGAGAGUUAUUGGGUACUCAAAUCCUUCCAUGAGUCAUCACACCUCUUAAUGAAUCCGAAGUGUUAAACUUGAUUUUAAUCAGAAAUAUGGUAGACAUUCUUGAAACUGCAUAGCUUUCAAGGGUAAAUUCUAGAGAUUCAGGAUUCAGUACCCCAUUUCCCAUAUGAGUCUAGACUCCAAAGCCUCCCAGAUAGAGCGAAUUUCUCUGUAGAAUAUAUCUAUGGAGAGAUUUGUUAAGAAAGCUCCAUCAAAUGUUGCUAAACAAUUAGAAUCUGGGAAUCUUUGUUCUUGAAUAAGAAUCGACCAU